AUGUCUACAUCCACUUUCGAGUGCAACGUCGCUUACAGCGUCCUCGUUAACAAAGGGCUCUCUAUUGAUCACUCCGAUGUCCUGUCGUUUGCGGAAAUGUGGGAGGGAAUCAGACGUGGCUCUUCCCAUCCCCAUGAAUUCGCCCCAUACGUCUCGGACUGCCAGAUACUUUCGGGCUCUGGAAAUCGAUUCAGCCGAAGACUGACACUGGCCGAUGGUGCGGUACAUACCGCUAGCGGUUCCUUUCUUGAUCAGGAUGUGGUGAUUGCAGAGGGUUUGCAUGUGGAAGCAAUCACUACCGCAUCUGGAGCUAAAACGACGUGGUUCGUUUCCCGAGAUGGCUCCCCUGGCUCGAAUGAAGACACCGACAUCGUCCUCAAUGCGGUUUAUGAACUGAAGAUGUCGGAUGUUACGCCUGGUAGUGAUCAGGCCAACCAAAUCACCCGCGACUACAGCGCGCUUGCGUUGAAAGCCUGUCGAGAUGGGAUAGAAACGAUCAGAGAGUGGAAGCGUCAGGGUAGACUAGAGAAGUUCCGUGUUGAGCGUGAGGCCGGGCGAGUUUACGAAGGACCGUGA